AUCAAACAUUUCAAUGGAACCAUUUCAACAUUUUUCACACGUUUGACACCUCCAGCCUAGGGCUUCCAACACAGGGCAGGGGAGUGAAGAGAUGAGGACACCAAGCCUCAAGUUGACAGCCACAAAUGUGUGAUGCCUUCAAUCAUAUGUUUACUGCUGAUUUAUCGGAAAGCUCAUGUCAUGACAAGAAGCCAGAAGGACAGGUUUGUCUAAAGCUACAGUAUUUUACUGGUUGACGCUACAGCACAGAUAAUAUGAUGACGUUAUCAUGCGUAAAUUGAGCUUGAGCUAGCUACAUGUACCUCGAAGUUCAGUGAGCUAGCAGCUAGCUAGCUAACCUCAGCUAGUUAGCCAGCCAAGGAAAGCAAUGGCUUGAUUAGAGCAUUUAGCUAGCAAACAACAGAUAUCUAGCUGCUAGUUUAGCUAGGAAUAGGUGCUCAUUGCAAACGUGGAUUUCCGACAUGUGGUGCACAUAGCACGUAUUUGAACAUUUAUACGACUUGCAUACAUUUACGCUUGAUCUCUUGUCGAGCAAACCCACCAAACCCAGCGUGCCACAAAUGGAGCCAGGGAGCUCGCGUGAAAGCCCAUCUGGCUCUGGGGGUCCCGAACCCGCGGGCCUACGCGAGGAGACCCCCGGCGAAGAGGCUGAGGAUGGGGACAUCAUCCUGAAAGGAGGAGGAGACGGAGGGGACGAAAACACUCUGGACAAGAUGAAAACAGAAUGUAAGGAUGAUGGUGUUAAUGGGAAAAAGAUUGAGGAUGCCGGCGAAGAGGAAGAAUGCAAAUAUGAAGAGGAAUUGGACCCUAGAAUUCAGGAGGAGCUAGAGCACCUGAAUCAGGCCAGUGAUGAGAUCAACAAGCUGGAACUGCAACUGGAUGAUGCUAGGUCCAGCUACAGGAGGAUCCUCACUGACUCAGCCAGGAAGCUCAAUGCUCAAGGCUCCCAGCUGGGCACCUGCAUCGAGAAGGCCAGGCCCUACUACGAAGCCCGCAGGCUAGCCAAAGAGGCCCAGCAGGAGACGCAGAAGGCAGCGUUGCGUUACGAGAGAGCCGUCUCCAUGCAUACGGCUGCCAGAGAGAUGGUGUACGUGGCAGAGCAGGGCCUCCUGGCGGACAGGAACACUCUGGACCCCACCUGGCAGGAGAUGCUCAACCACGCUACCUCCAAGGUGAACGAGGCAGAGGAGGAGCGGCUGUGGAGUGAGCGGGAACACCAGCGGGUCACUCAGAUGUGCCAGGAGGCAGAGCAACGCGUCCAGACCCUCCAGAAAUCCCUGAAGAGAGUCAUCGUCAAGUCCAAACCUUACUUUGAGCUCAAGGCUCAGUUCAACCACAUACUAGAGGAGCACAAGGGGAAGGUGGUGCAGCUGGAAGAACGCGUUGCAAAGGUGAAGACCCGCUACUCCGUCGCCCUGCGCAACCUGGAGCAAAUCAGCGAGCAGAUCCAUGCUCAGAGGGGGCGUGUCCGAGCCACCAGGGCCCGCCCCGUAGCCUGCGGUGGGCGGAGCUCCCCAGUGGGGGCGGAGGCUGAGGUCAGGGUUCAGGUUGGAGGAGCCUGUGGGGGAGGAGGAGGAGGAGGAGGAGGAGGAGGGGUGGGGUUGGAGGAGAACGACUGGGCUGAUGGAGAGAAGACCAGGCAGUGGGUGGAGAGACACAGGGAGCAGGGCUGGGGCCACAGGGAGAGGGGUGAGGCAGGGUCAGACUCCAUGUCUGUCAUCAGCCUCCAGACCAUCGCCUCGGACCUGGAGAAGUGUGACUCGGUGGAGCACCUUGGGGAUCUGAGUGACGUGAGCAGCCUGAUGGGAGAGGACUGGGAGAGGGAGAGGGACCGGUCCCUGAUAGCUGAGAAUAGAGACAGGAACCCCAGGGCAGAGGAGAGAGUUGUGGGGGAGGUCAGGGAGGUCAGGGAAUUGGUCAUCCCCACUCCAAGGCAGGAUAGAUUGGAGGAGGUGAGGGGGGCGAUAGGGAGAGAGAGACAGGAGAGCUUUGUCAAGCAGCACCACAGAAGUGUGAGUUUGUGAGACCAUAAGAAGAAUGGACUGGACUGGUGAGUGAUGAUGAGGGAAUUAUGAAAUAAUGUCAGAUAUGAAAUCAGAAGUGAGAGAUAAAAAAAAAAGAGAUGGAGAUUGUAGAAGUUGUCAUUGUGGUAUUGAAAUGUAGAACACUGACACUGAUUGAAACUGAGGGUGAGUCCUGAAUGGCACCCUAUUCCCUAUAUAGUGCACUACUUUUGACCUGGGCCCACAGCCUGCAUCAUUGUUACACUGCAGAAGGGGGUGGCUGAGAGAGAGAGAGAGAGAGAGAGAUCAGUGACUACACCGCAUGACAAAUCCACUGAGGCCAAGCUAGUCUAAAUAGAGUGAUAACAUAGGGCAUACUCUUCCUCUACUGACUGUUUCACAUGCGGGACAGAUUUAAGCAGCAAAGCUUAUUUUAUGAAUGCUAUUUUUAUAUUCACUUUAGUCCCUGAAUGAACACCUUUGUGCUUUCUCCGUAUUGAUUGAAUUACCACAGAAUGAGUUGCUCAUCCUCGGAAAUUAAUGUAAGCAAUACUGCUCUCUCUCCCUCUUGAGUAGAAAUACAAAAGGAAUAUGAUUAUCAUAUUUUAAACACCUUAGGAUAAGAAGUUAAUUUUAAAAAACAACAACAUUUGUAUUUCAUUUUUUAGACCUAUUUUAUUGUUUUUAUCCUAGUAGAAUGUUCUGGAAAUGUUCCCAGCACCUAGAGGGCCGACGUCCCGUAGACACCAGACUGUAGAGAAUGUCUCUGUCACAUUGACCUAACACUUCCACAGCGUUUUUCUCUCUGACCUUACACAAUCCCUGUUUUCUGUUAGCAAGAAAUGUUGUCAACUAGCCUGAUAUUACACAAGGGCGUGCGUCCAAAAUUGCACCCUAUUCCAUAUGUAGUGCACUACUUUUGACCAGGGACAAGAGUUUAACGUGCAAAUACCCCCUAAUGUCCAUGAUGACAUUUUUAGUAAUCAAGGAAUCCCAAUUCUAACCAUGAAUUACUUAAUUUCUUAACUGUCUUCCUUGAAUAGUGAGACUAUUUAGUGAAGUUUUAAUAAAUUGUUUUAGAUUGAAAUACUUUGCCAGUGUUUUAGCGAAGUUAACACUGUUGAAACAUUAACUUGCAUUUCAACUGCAGUUAACACCACUAAAUAGUUUUUUUUAGUUAUUGGGUGCAACACCUGCGUAUUCUACAGAGUCAUUUGACCAGUUUCUUCACUUGUUCAUGUUGUACCUGUUGACAGGCACCUUUCCUUGAAUUUCUUGAUGUCACCAGACAGUGACACUAGAUCACUACACUAGAGACACACAAAGAUGGAGGGAGAGGGAGGGAUGACAGUGAGGAAAGAAAGAUAUGGUAAAGUAAUGGUAUUUACUGUUAAUGUACAUUUCAUGUUGUUUUGUUCAUGCAGACUUGUGCCAUUGAUUUGAAUCUUUUGACUGUUUAAAGUUGAUUUGCACAUGAUGACAGUACUUGUGGAGUUUUGUUUUUCCCUUUUCACACUCCUUACCCCUUUACCCAACCAUCGUUCGUUCACCCUUGUUACCUGGCUGUUCCCCCACUCUUCAUCACAUUUGCUGUUCUGUUUUUCACACUAAUUGGUUUAUUUAAUUACCGGUUAUUUUCCCAUUCGUUACUCCUUCAGUUAAUCCUUGUAAACUGCCUGUUCUCCUCUUAACCAGUUCAGUACCACCUUAGUUUCUCAUUGCUAGCUGUUACAUACAUGUAAUGGGAGAUUUGAUUCUGGGUUAGUACUUGUGGUGUUCUGUUUUUCACUUCAAUUUAUUUAUGUAUUAUUAUUCACCUAUUUAUUUUCCCACUCCUUACCUCUUCACCCACCCAUCCUUCAGUUCAUCCUUGUUACCUGGCUGUUCCCUUCUCUUAACCUGGUCAAUAUCAUCCUUGUUACCUGGCUGUUCCCGUCUCUUAACCUGGUCAAUAUCAUCCUUAUUACCUGGCUGUUCCCUUCUCUUAACCUGGUCAAAAUCAUCCUUGUUACCUGGCUGUUCCCUUCUCUUAACCUGGUCAAUAUCAUCCUUGUUACCUGACUGUUCCCUUCUCUUAACCUGGUCAAUAUCACAUUUGCUGCUUCCCACAAUGUUCCCACUACCCCCACUCCAUCCGCUGAUAAAUGCUGACUUGGGAUCAGUGGUCAGUUUGUGGGUUAGGUCCCAAAUUGCACCCUAUUCACUAGAUAGUGCACUAGGGCCCAUAAGGCUCUGGUCAAAAGUAGUGCACUAUGUAGGGAAUAGGGUGUGUGACGUAUUAAUGGAAGGUCUUCACAUUUGCCUGCUCCACUUGAAAACAUGUUUUUAUUUGUUAAUGUAUAUGGGGUGUAUCCCAAAUACAGUAGUACUAUAUUCCCUACAUAGUACAGUACUUAUGUCAAAAUAAGUACACUAUAUAGGGAAUAGGGUGCCAUUUUUAAAGUGUAGUGGAUGUAUAAUAAUGCUGAUGAUGAUAUGAAUGUUAAUUUAUUAAUCGUGUACAUGGUAAUUUCUGGAAUAUGAUGCAGUUACAACUAUUAAACUUUGAUUUAACAUUA